UAAAUAAUAUAAGUAUACGUAUUUCGUAUAACAUACAAUGAACACGUAUUUUAAUUAGGUGUUCAAUUUUAAUGUGCCAGAACGUCGCGAAAUCAUAGUCGGUGAAUAUUUUUUUUCAUACGUAUUUCGAACGAAAAAAUCGAUCGCGAUGAGUUUUUUAAACAUAAACUUCGAUUUGUUGCCCAUAAAGAUGCAUUAUUUUUUUUUCGAUUCCGCAAAUUCGCCAAUCAUCCCAUUUCUGUCAACGAUUACCAAGCAGCGUGGCUACUCGUCGACAGUGUUCGGCAGUAUUUUCACGUUGCUGUUAUUGCUAAACAUCGUGGUCAAACCGCUGACUGGCUAUAUCACUGAUAGAUGGAAGUGCCGGCGGACCGUAUUUUUAGGCUCGAUCCUCCUCAACGGUCUGUUAACACCUACACUGUAUUUCGUGCCAGGUGCUACUUCCUCGACUGGUGAGAUCUCUGACGCCGAGACCUUUAGCUCGUUGCAAUUCUGGUGGUUCGCAUCCGUCGUCAUACUGAGAAUGGUAUUGUUUAUGGUCACCGAAGUCCUGCAAGAGACCAUCUGUAUGAAAAUCCUAGACGGUGACAGCGUGAGGUUCGGAAUGCAACGACUCUGGGGUGCAGUCGGAUGGGGUAUUAUGUCCAUAGUGGCGGGGGUUGCCACUGACUGGUAUAGUAGUGGUAAAGCACAGAAGGAUUAUUUACUUGGAUAUUUGAUUUCAGCAACUUCGUUUUUCAUAGAUUUUGUGGUAACAUUCAACUUAUUAAAGGUACCCGAGACCGAUGGGCCAACAACAAAUAUACUCAAGGAUGUGAAAAUAGUAUUAAAAAAAGCCAAAGUAUGCGUUUUCCUUGUUUGGGCAACUACUGGAGGAAUUUUCAUGGUAUACAUUUGGUAUUAUUUUAUAUGGUAUCUAGAUGAUUUGGCAACCAAUUAUCACCCUGAAAGAAAAUCGAUGUUGAGCUCAAUUGAAGGAUUUUCUGUUACAAUCCAGUGUUUAAUUGGGGAAGUUCCAUUUUUCUACUUAUCUGGUCACCUGAUCAAGCGAACCGGUCAUAUGACGGCUUUUUCGAUAUCAUUCGCCAUUUUCGCUUUUAGAUUUCUUUUGUAUUCGUUCAUUCGAGAUCCACUGUGGGUAUUGCCUGUGGAAUUGUUAAAUGGUUUAACAUUUGGAUUGAGCUACAUUGCCGGAAUAUCAUACUCCGCUAAAAUUGCCCCUGUCGGUAGCGAAGGUACAGUUCAAGGAUUGUUUUCGAUGGCGUUUCAAGGAUUCGGAGCUUCGUUGGGUGCAAUAUUAGCCGGUUACACAUUCAGCCAUUUAGGCAGUGUAAUGGCUUUUCGAUUUAUCGGUUUCUCCGCCCUCGUUAUAUGUGUCAUUCAGAUAGUCGUCAAUCACUUUAUGAAUAAGAAUAAAAAAUUAAUCUCAUAAAUAAGUAAACUUCUAAUGAAAGAGGAUCCUUAUUUUGUGCCCACAUUUUCAGAAAAUAGCGUAAUAUUUGAUGUAAAAUCGUUAAAAACUUGUGUUUUGC